AUGGACGUCUUCAUGAAGGGGUUUUCUAUGGCCAAGGAAGGAGUGGUAGCCGCAGCGGAGAAGACCAAAGCGGGAAUGGAAGAGGCUGCAGCUAAAACCAAAGAGGGGGUCAUGUACGUAGGCAACAAGACGAAGGAGGGAGUGACUGCAUCAGUAAACACAGUGGCUAACAAGACUGUGGACCAGGCUAACAUCGUCGGAGACUCAACAGUGGCUGGAGCUAACGAGGUUUCCCAGGCAACGGUGGAAGGAGUUGAGAACGUCGCUGCAUCAACCGGACUCAUCAACCAGGGAGAGUAUGGAGGAAUGGAGCAGGGAGGUCAAGGAGGAGAGGGAUAUUAG